AUGUCUCUCGACUCUCCACCUCCACUUGAUGCUUGUCCGGAGUUAACCCCAGACAACGGUACACCGACAUCCUCCUGUUCAGGCUCCGUCUAUUGGAAUCGAAUAACCCACCACGUGGAAGAAGCCACCGGCAACAGCCAAGUACACAACAACGCCUUACACAUUUUCGACAAUGUCAACCACCAAGCCUCAUCCUCGGGUACCAACAACGUCGCUGAACACGACGACGUCCCUGCCCGUGAACGGUCGACUCCAGGGCCCCAACACCUCAGAUGCCCCCAUCCUGCACCAACCCUCCCGCCCCGGCCUCGCCUACGUGACCGCGUGCCGACAGAGGUAAUAUCGCCUGUCGACAUCGGGUCACCGAUGAUACCGCUGUCACCCGACUCGCGCCCAGCCACUGCUGUCAGGUUCGUGGGCGAGCCCACCGCCAUCCACUCGUCCACCCCAUCACCCUCCCGGCGUCCUACGAGUACCAUCGCUUCCCCUUCCGGGAGUUCUUCCCGCGGUGGUCAAGGGCGCUGGCGGUUGAGGGAUCUCCUGUCCGACUUCAAGGCCUGGUUCCGGAGGGGCGCCCGCGGGGGUGGGAACGGGGCCCGGCCGGGGCGCAGGCGCGGGCUGUCACCGGGCUGGUUCGCGCGUCGGCGCAAUGCGGGAGCCUGA